UCAAAAUUUGCGAUGUUUUGUGGAUUAACAGAAUUUAGCCCACAACAAACAUUCAUUUCGGACAGGAAAGAGUUACGUUUUGUUACAAGGCAGCCAGCUGACUGACCACGUGACUCUACGGAAGUAACAGCGUCAACAGCAUGCACUGAUCCUGAGCUGAGCCUUGGCAAAAAUGUUGCGUUAUUUCGUCUUAUUAUUCAUAUUUGGAUGCGUGAACAAAGUGUUGCGUCUUCAGAGUUCGUGCGUCGCCGAGCAGAAAUCUGCAGGCCCCGAAAGAGCGGCGGACUGCGGCUGUGAUAAGCUGAAGAGAGACGCUGCUAUUGCAGUAGCAGAACCCGUGUACCCCGUGGAGGAGGAGAGAGCAGCUUUCAUUGACCCUGCUGUCAAGUACUCCAAAGGCACAAACGAGAGGACUACUGUGGCGCAGGAGGAUGAGCAGAAAACUAGUCCGAUGGUGCGGAUUAUUGGAGGGGAGUUCCUGAUGGGAACAGACAACCCAGGAAUCCCUCCAGACGGUGAGGGCCCCCAGAGACUGGUGUAUGUGGACUCCUUUGAUAUGGACAUCCACGAAGUCACUGUCCGACAGUUUCAGAGCUUCAUCCGUGCCACGGGAUACGUGACUGAGGCAGAGAAUUUUGGAGACUCAUUUGUGUUUGAGGGAAUUUUAAGUGAGCCGAUAAAAAGCCAAAUCACUCAAGCAGUGGCUGCUGCCCCUUGGUGGCUUCCUGUCAAAGGGGCCUCCUGGAGGCACCCUGAGGGCCCAGACUCCAACAUCACAGCCAGGCUCGAUCAUCCUGUUUUACAUGUCUCGUGGACAGAUGCUGUUGCCUACUGCUCGUGGGCUAACAAGAGACUCCCCACAGAAGCAGAAUGGGAAUAUGCCUGCAGGGGCGGCCUGAAAGACAGACUUUACCCGUGGGGAAACAACUUGAACCCAAAAGGACAACACUAUGCUAACCUCUGGCAGGGGGAUUUCCCCACACACAACUCUGGAGAAGAUGGGUACAUCAAAACGUCACCGGUGAUGACCUUUCCUGCCAAUGCUUUUGGUCUGUACGACAUGGUGGGGAAUGCAUGGGAAUGGACAGCAGACUGGUGGACUGUGCAUCACACCACAGACCCACAACACAACCCAACGGGUCCUCCUUCAGGCACUGACAAAGUGAAGAAGGGAGGGUCAUACAUGUGCCACAGGUCUUACUGUUACAGAUACCGUUGUGCAGCUCGAAGCCAAAACACUCCGGACAGCUCAGCUUCUAAUCUUGGUUUUCGCUGUGUUUCUCAGGAGAAACGAUAAUUUGACCUGCUUGUCUUAAAUACAGACUCGUUGACUGAAGCUGCUGCCUAAACCCAGUGUUGAAUAUAGAGUAAGGACAUGCUACCUUUAACUGUGAUCUCAUUACCAUACAUCUGAAAAAUGAUGUUUCAGAAAGGAGGACAGCAAAUCUUCACCAAUACUGGAUGUUCACAGAAUUCUUACAUUUUAUAGCCAGAUUUUUUCAGAUAUUUUCAUAGGGAAAAAUUGGAAAAGCUUUCUUCACCUUUGAGUACAGUUGAAAAAAACAAAAAACAAUUAAUAAUUCAAGUUAAUGUAUCCUCUUGGGUAUGAGAACCUUUCACUGGAACAGACUAGUGCAGCUUUUAUGUGUUGCCAUUAUCAGUCAAAAGCUGGUUGGGAUAGAGAUUAAAAGUAAAUCUUAAUGUGCAGAUCAUGUGACUUUGCUGCAAAAAAAAAAUGGAGAUUUUCAUAGAAUUUUCACAAACACCAAGGAUCCUGCGAUAGCUCACAUCUUUCUCUUUGUAAAAGUAAAUGUAUUUUUUAGUUAUUUAAAGGUUGUUUUUUUUUUCUCAAAAAAAAUGUUUCAUACAUUUUCAUAAUAAAGUUGCUCUUUUUUCCUCUUUGUAA